AUGGAGCCCCGCCUCCGCUCUAAGCUACGUCGACUCGGCUUCACAUCCCUGAGCCUAGUUGCUCUCACUUCCUCCGCCUCUGCGAUUCCAUACACGCCUUCCGCUAUAUUCCUCGCUCCGCAAUACAAUGAUUCGCUGGCGUACCUCCUCCAGCCGGACAGCUCGAGCGCGGGCCGAACGCAGUUCCUUUCUCUCAAUAUUUCUUCCAGUAUUAACAGCAGCGACACAUCAUUCACGCAGCUUCUCGAAGAGACUCCUUUUCAAAAUGCCGACCAGACUUCGACCUUCCUUCCCGUUAUCGAUGACCGAGGAGUGAUCACCGUCUACACAGGGAAUUGCCAUAACUCAUCCGAUACGCAAGAAGUAUGGCAAUUUCACUCCGACAAGAACAGUACCGUUGGCAAUGGAACAUGGACUCAGGUUUCAGUAAAGUCCGAUGGGGAGAAGACAAAGCCAAGCUACCUAGCCGCGGGGUUUACGUUUGCAUCCUCCAACAAGAGCAAUACCUCCAUGUACAUGUUCGGUGGAAUGUGUCCCUUUGCGAAUAGCACGACUCAGACCUGGCUGUCCGACGCCAACUACUCACAGUCCAUGGUUGCCUUGAGCCCUAGUUCCGACACGACCUAUGUUGCGACAACUACAGGGAAUCGGGCGCCUCCGGUCCCCGAGGCUGGAAUGGCUAUUGUAUCGCUUCCUGAGACUUUUUCGAAGACAGAAACGCAGCAAGACUUCCUGUUGGUUGGUGGACAUACGCGACAUGCUUUUUUGAAUAUGUCCCAGUUAGCCAUAUUCUCAUUGCCGCAGGAAAGUUGGAGCUUUGUCACCGUCAACUCACGAGAAAAGCCACGAACGGAGCUAGCUAUCCGAGAUGAGGUUUUGGUGACACCUCGAUCAGGUCAUGCUGCUGUUCUGUCUGAGGAUGGUACGAAGGUCUUUGUCAUUGGGGGAUGGGUCGGUGAUACUUCGACGCCUGCUGAUCCCCAAAUCGCCGUCUUGGAAGUCGGUGAAAGCUACGGAGGUUCUGGAGACUGGACAUGGACUGUUCCAUCAUCGACCACCGGUGAUGCUGGUAUCACUGAGGGGACUGGAAUCUAUGGACACUCGGCUGCAAUGCUCCCUGGGGGUGUGCUGAUGAUUGCUGGAGGGUACACCAUUCCCAAACAGUCCACAAAGCGGUCAUCCACAGAACAAAAUUCCAAGGUCUACUUCUACAACUCGACAUCUGGUGGCUGGGUCAAGUCCUACACCAAUCCUUCAGCUCAAGUCUCCACAUCCGCAUCUUCGUCACACAAGCAUGGCCUCUCAUCAGAACAGAAGAUUGGUCUUGGAACUGGGUUGGGUCUUGGAAUUCCUCUCGCCAUAUUGCUCGCCAUAUGGGCGUGGAGAUACUUCCAAAAGCGCCGAGUGCGGAACCAUCGCGAUUCGCAGCUCCGUGAACUCGCGCUGGGGGCUGAGCGUGCUCAUUUCUGGGGUCGGGGUGAUCCACAGCAGGCCAGCAGCAUCCGCAGCUCUGGGAUGAGCGAGAAGAUAGAUCCAUCUUCUAUGUAUCCCUGGUCUGGAAAUCUCAGUGCGACCUCGCGGCCUGCUUGGCAGGACAAUAAUGAUAGCCAAAGCGAAAACCAUGGUUUGCUUAUGGAGGUACCCAGUCCGGACAAAAAGCCUCGCCCAGAUAGUCGUCAAUUUAGUGGUGCAAAGCCUUACAGGAUGUCUGGAUAUUGUGACUGGCGUCGAAGCGAAGCCACAAGCGAAAUCCAUCCCAUUGAUGAACGUGAGGAGGACGAGGAGAUCCUCCGAGAACGUCUCAUGUCCACUAUUCCCAAAGAGGAGCAAAGGCCUAAGAUCCAAGACCCUGAUGAUCCAUUCUCAGAUACUCCCUUUUCUACACCCCGAAGCACAAUCUUCGGUGUCGGUCUUGGUCCUUUCUAUACCCGAAAAAGUGCUAUAGACGGUGACGGCCAAGUUUCGCCAACGAAGAGUGAUCGAACAUCCACCAAUCUCUCCGAGUCCUCCGCCUUCUCCUUCUCAUCCGCUAAACAAGGUGGCCUUGUUUCACAAGCGCGGUCUGUUUACGUCGAUAGGCCCCUGAGUUGGGCCAGCAGUGGCGGACAAUCCGUCGAUGGCAUGGCUGCCAUCUCAACACAUAGCAGGGAUACAGCACAUAGCGAUGUGGAUGCUAUAACUGCUCCAUCAGAGAACUCAUACUCAGCAGACUCCUACUCAACGGCGCGUACCACCAUCGCAGAACGCCACGCAGAAAAUCUCUCCCUCCUCGAUGCAGAUGCAAUCGACACCUCACCUUCUAAACUCCCCUCCUCGAAACCUAAAACAUCAGACUGGAUGCUCCAAACCGUUCGUCGGGCUCUCACGCUCACCCGACGCAGUCCAACCACCCAACUUGAAUCCGAAACCGAAUCCGCUCCCCUAGCUUCUGGCAUUGACCGUCGCAGCACCGUUAUCGGACCAGGCUCAUACCCAUCUUACGGCGGUGCUACUACCCCCCGCCGUGCUGUGUCUGCUUCAGCGGAACUCUUCCGACGCAAACAAGGCGCCAAAGACUGGAAUGCUAAGAAGCGUAUGUCGGAGAACUUCACGAUGGCCCGCUCUACGCGCGAUGAUCUCUUCAUCGGUGCACCGGGUUACCUGGGUGAUGAUGACACUAUGGACGAGGAAGAAGAGGAGGACUGGGACGUCGAGGGUGCGGCUGAAGGACGCAGUGUGCAGGUUACAUACACCGUCCCUCGAGAAAAACUUCGAGUCGUCAAUGCCUCUGCGGCUGAUAAUAUCUCCGAGCGCAGUCUCAGUCGCACGCUUAGUGGUCGUCGUCAUGUGAGCGGCUAA